AUGACUCGGCGCAAGCAGCACCUUUAUUUGGCGAUGGAUGACUGGGAGGAGGGCUAUCACAUAUAUACAAGCUCGACGCCGAUGAGAUCUACUCAGGAGGUUUGCACGAGCUUCCCCAGCCGGCCGCCGCCCGGAUAUACUCGUCGGUCCAUGGCCCCAAGGAUUUCGCUGCUCUGGGUACCAACAUCUUUGUCACCCUCAACCUUCGUUACUACUUCGACGACGACGAUGACGCUCCCGCUCCCCCAACCAUCGUCUACAACACCAAGACUGAAGCCCUCCGCAUGGGCCCACCUCUCGAAUGCAGAUUUUGCUCUAAAACAUGUUUUCACCCGCCUCUCCCGUCCGGGAUCCCUGCCUUCUGGGCCGCCAUGGCCGCCGGUGAAAAGCUAUAUGCCUCGACAACCGAGGUGCUCGGCUUGCACGCCUUGUUGUGGGCUCCCAGCAGCCAUCCAUGGAACCUACGGGGUGAUGAGAUGGACUGGUCAUGGAAGAGCGAGCCAUCACUGCCGUCGUGCAGUGGGCUGGACGUCGUCGCCUAUGCGUUGCACCCGGACGGGCGCACCAUCUUCGUGUCCACCGCCUCCGCUACCCAUUCCUUCGACACCGGCAAUGGCCUCUGGAAGGAGCUUGGGGACUGGGUGUUGCCUGCCGUUCAGAGGACAAGCCUACUUCGACGACAGCCUGGAUGCAUGGGUCGGGAUUCAUCACGAGGGCGAAGGGCACAUUUGCUGCUGCCCGGUCGCCUCGCACAGCGCCGCCGCCAGCCGGCCGCCGAAGCCGGACUGCAGGAUGCUCAAGGAGAAGCUGUUCCGCCGCAACAAUGAGGAGCCGUGGAUGGGUGGCGGCCGGCACAUGGAUGCCACUCUCACCUACAUGGGCCACAACAAAUUUUGCCUCGUCGAGAACAUCUUGCGGCACGAGAAAGUUGUCGACAGCAUGCUCCAUCUCACCUUGUUUGGCCUCAAGUAUGAUCGCGAGGGAGAGCUCCGGACAAAAGCUCGGCCCUGCACCAGGUCCUAUCCGGUGUCCAAGAACACCAUGCUGUUCUCUCAUGCAGCAUUCUGGAUGUAA